AUGAUCUCGAAAGCGCCAGAAUUCACUCACUCCGACCCAGAUGCUGGCCCCGCAAGCGUCUUUCUUUGCUAUCUAGGGGAUGCUGAAAUCUGCAUCUGGAUCAUGUUUUCUCUGACCUUUGUUGCAGGAGGUCAGAUCGAGCUGAUUAAAAGAAGCUGGUCUGGGGCGAACUCUGGUUUGCAGCAAAUUUGUACCACUUUAGGAAUCUUGGCCGCAAUCUUCUGGGUCCCAAUUUAUUGGAUUUGGAGCUCGCCUGUCAUGACAGUUGUCUGGUGCUUGAUGAUGCUCAUCGUUUUCGUCUCAUUCGCAACGACCGCCAACUGCAUUUCCUACUGGGCAAAGAUCAAUGCCUCGAUCGCCAUCGCAAUGCAACAACCAGCUCAAGUCACUGAGGUUCAACUUGAGAAUGGUCAGAAAAUUCACGUCCAGCAAAACAACGCUCUCAACCUCGGCUCGGCAAAAAGACACAUCAUGUCUCUCAUCAUCGCUAAUUUCGGCAUUUGGGCCUGUUCUGUUGCUUACGUCGUUUUGAUGUUCACCUGUUCUAUCGAACACUACUUUUGGUAA